GUCGAACUGUCAAAACACAAAACACACGUGCGGCGUUCGUAGCACAUUUCCUCGCCAAAAUUGCUCCAGAAAUGCUCGAGCCGCUACAAUCAUUCUAAGUGGAAUUACAGCACACAAAACAGUCGUAACAAAAUGGUUAAAGCAACGACGGCAUCUCCGCUGCUGGCGGGCACGCAGCUCGACCUAAAAUCGUACGUGAAAGAGUUCCGCAAGCACACCAAACAUCCGGAGAAUUUUAUGAAGGUGCAGAAACCGCUGGCGAAAAAGUUGAAGCAGUUCGUGAAGGAAAUCUACGAUCGGGGCACGAAAAAUGCCACCGUCACGCAGGAUGGGCCGGCCCUGCCGUACCUGGACGAGCUCGUCACGGAGGAGAUGGACGACGAGCAGAUCUGGCAGCAGCUGGAGCUGAAGAACGAUCACUUUAUCGAUCAAGAUUUGAAAAAGUUUCUGGAGGUGGUUUCGAAAAACGAGAAACGUUUGCAGCUACCAUUCACCACCAAAACGCAAUCGGAGGUGGGGGAUGAUUCCGGGGCGGGUUCGUCCGGCGAGGAGAUGGACGAUUCGGACGAGGCAAAUGAAGCGAAUGGCGAUGGGAUGGAGUCGGAGGAGGAGGAGGAGGACGAACAGGACGGCGAAGAAAAGGAUUCGGACGAGGAGUUAACUGAAAAGAAGACGAAAAAGCUCAAGAAAAAGGACAAAAAUGCCAAAAAGAAGAAAAAGCAACCGAAAGGGAAAAAAUCGGUCGUCGAUGAUCGGUUCUUCAAGCUGGACGAUAUGGCCCGGUUUUUGGACGAGGAGGAUGAACGUGAACGGCGCCGGCAGUACGGGUUGGCGGAGAAGAAUCCACUGAUCGAGGUGGACUAUUUCGAUGAACACACUGGGGAGGACGAUGGCGAUAUUUCAGAUUUGAAAUAUUCCGACUUCUUUGAAGACGAAGAAGAUGAGGAUGAUGAUACGGAUGAAGAUGAUGAUGAGGAGGAGAAGGAUGAUGAUGCAGAAGAGGAAGAGGAAGAUGCUAGUGCUGCGGAAGAGGAGGAUGAGGAUGAAGACGAUGAAGAAGAUGAAGAUGAAAGUCCUGAUGGUCAGAAAGAUGAAGAGGAAGGCGAGCUCUCCGACGAGGCAGAAAUGGAACGCAACCGGAAGCUGCGGUACGAAAUCUACAAAGAAGAAAACGGCAUGUCUCCGCCUCGGUCGGAAAAACCGCCCAAAAAGGCAGUGAUCGAUCAACCGGACACGAGUGAUAGCGAGGAGGAGAAAGCUCCGGACGGGCCAAAAUCGUCGUACGAGCUGCGGCAGGAGAAGCUGAAGGAGAAGAUUUCCAAAAUGGAAGCCGGCAUGCUGAAGGACAAACCGUGGCAGCUGAAGGGUGAAAUUUCGGCCGAAACGCGACCGAAAAACUCGCUGCUGGAGGAGGUGCUGCAGUACGAGCACACCACCCGCCCGGCCCCGGUCGUGACGGAGGACACGACGAUGCGCCUCGAGGACAUCAUCAAGCAGCGCAUCCGCAACAAGGCGUUUGACGAUGUGGAGCGCAAGGUGCGGCCGCCGGACAAUCCGCGCGAGUACCGGAAGCAGCUGGUGCUGGAUGGGGAGAAGAGCAAACUGUCGCUGGCGCAGGUGUACGAGCAGGACUAUCUGAAACAGCUCGAGUUAGCAAACCCGGACGCUGCAGCGCAAGCAGGCGAAGAGGAGGAACCGAAAGAGCACAAGGAAAUACGGAGCAUGAUGAAGGUGGUACUGGCCCAGCUCGAUGCCCUCUCGAACUUCCACUACACGCCACGACCGGCCGCCCCGGAGCUGAAAAUCCUCACCAACACGCCCGCCAUCAGCAUGGAGGAGGUUGCCCCCGUGGCAACGAGCGAUGCCACCCUGCUCGCCCCGGAGGAAGUGCACCGACGACCCAAGGGCGACGUCAUGUCCAAGGACGAACGCACCAAGACGGAUCAGAACCGCGAGCGGCGGCUGAAGAAGCGCUUCCAGCGGGAAAAGUACCGCCGCGAAACGGAACGCGAACAGCGCCAGCUGGAAAAGGCCAGCGCGAGCGGCAUGGCCAAGCAGAACCGGGCGCUGCAAACGUCGCUGCUGAAGAAGGUGACGAAGGCAAAGAACGUGCAGCAAAUGGCGGAAACUUCCACCGGUCCGUCCAAAUCGUCGACGGCGUUCUUUUCGCAGCUGCAGGAUGAGGUCCGGUCGCAGGUGAAGGCGAAGACGGACGGGACGAAAAAGAAGAAGAAAAACACGGAAAACCUUAUCGCUAGUAAUUUUAAGCUGUAGUGUGCGAGCGA